AUGGCGGCCAUGGACGUAGACAUGGACGCGCCGAUAUCCAUCGCCCCUCAGUCAGAGGCCCCUCACGGCGCCGCCACCAUCUUCUGCUGCGAGUGCGGCGCCCCCAUCGACGGCACGACCUCGACCAACGCCCUGUGUCUCGACUGCGUCAAGCUCAAGAUCGACAUCUCCCAGGGCAUCCAGCGCGAGGCGACGCUGCACUUCUGCCGAGACUGCGACCGAUGGCUGAUGCCCCCGACCACCUGGGUCAGCGCCGAGCUCGAGUCGCGCGAGCUGCUGUCGCUGUGCCUCAAGAAGCUGCGCGGCCUGCACAAGGUCCGCAUCAUCGACGCGCACUUCAUCUGGACCGAGCCCCACUCGCGCCGAAUCAAGGUCAAGCUGACCAUCCAGGACUCCGUGUCCGACGGCGUCAUCCUCCAGCAGAGCUUCGAGGUCAUCUACAUCCAGGCAUGGCAGCAGUGCCCCGAGUGUGCCAAGUCAUACACCGCCAACGUCUGGAGGGCCUCGGUCCAGGUCCGCCAGAAGGUCCUGCACAAGCGAACCUUUCUGUUCCUCGAGCAGCUGAUCCUGAAGCACGGCGCACAUCGCGACACCAUCAACAUCAAGGAGGCCAAGGACGGCAUCGAUUUCUACUACUCGGCCCGCAACCAGGCAGAGAAGUUUGUCGACUUCCUCAACUCGGUCGUGCCCGUAAAGACCAAGAAGUCCCAGGAGCUUAUCUCACAGGAUACCCACACCGGUGCCAAGUCGUACAAGUUCACCUUCUCGGUCGAGGUGCUGCCUAUUUGCAAGGACGACCUGGUAGCACUACCCAUCAAGCUGGCGAAGCAGAUUGGCAACAUUUCUCCACUGGUCCUGUGCUACAGGAUAGGUACCGCAGUCAACGUCAUGGACCCGAAUACGCUGCAGAGUGCCGACAUCAGCGCCCACACGUACUGGCACACCCCGUUUGCUGCCUUGGCCGACGCCCAGGAGCUGGUGGAGUUCAUAGUUCUGGAUAUUGAGCCGCUGGGACACACCAACGGCAAGUGGGUUCUGGGCCAAGCAGAGGUCGCGAGGGCCUCGGAUCUGGGCGUGAACGAUAAGACCUACUUCGUCCGCACUCACAUGGGUGGGUUACUCCACGCUGGUGACUCGGCAAUGGGUUAUAUGCUCACCGGCACCAACUUCAACAAUGAACAGUUUGAAGCCAUCGAGGCGUCCAACACAUAUUCAUCGACCAUUCCCGACGUUGUGCUAGUCAAGAAGCACUACCCCAACCGUCGCCGCAACCGCAAGAGAAACUUCAAGAUUAAGCGUAUGGCUAAGGACGAGGGAGAGCUGCUUCCCAAGAAGGCUGAUCAGGAACGCAUGGACCGCGAGUUUGAUCGCUUCUUGGAUGACAUCGAGGAGGACGCCGAGUUCAGAAGUGGUAUGCACCUGUACAAGAGCGAAAAGAGGCAAGCGGACGAGAUGAGUGUGGCAGAGACAGAGGACGAAGAUGCACCCGGUAUCGACAUGGAUGAGCUACUAGACGAGUUUGAUGAGUUGACGAUGGAGGAACCGUAA